AUGUCGAUUUAUUUCGAUUUCCAUGUUCUUCCUAACGGUAGAAGGUUUAGACGAGCAGUGCAAGAAGACAAGUAUGAAAUAGAAGUUAUAUUAAAAAAUAAUGAUUCCGAAAAAUUAUUCGGUAAAAUUGAUGUAGGAAGUUUAAUAGAGCUAGCAACGCUUUCAAUAUGCAUGAUCAACGAUAAACAAGAAGUGAUUGGAUUUAUGGCCUUAUGUGAUUAUCCAGACAUACCCGCCGUUAAUCCAGCUGAUUGGGAAACUUGGAUGAGGAAUAUGUAUAGGAAAUUCUAUUUAUCACGUAACACACUGUUUAUACACGCCAUGUGCUGUUCUCAUUCAGUCGUUGGUUAUUUUUUGGAAGAAGCCUUGUUGAGUCUGUUUAAUAACGAUGUAUAUCUACAACAAGUGAUAUUGGUGGUGCCACCAAAUUGCCCAAGAGAGUGUGUUGUGAAAUAUCAGACAAUUAAAAAACACAAUUACAUGAAGAACAAAGCAAAACGCACAGACGAUGAUGAUGUCAAUUACCAUUAUUUUUAUAGCGCCCUUAGACAGGACUUCUGCCCAAAAUUGAGAAUACGAAGAGCUGUUGAAGAAGAUAACGAUGAUAUAGUAGCGAUUCUGGAAAAAAGUUGUCCAAAGCUGAGAGAAUUGUACGGUGAUUAUUACAUAAGCGAAAUUAUUGGCCGCCACCCUGAAAUGAAAAGAAAGAUCAUUGUUAGUGAGUGUCUCGAAGGUGUAAGUGGCGUUAUGUGUUUAAAUUCGGAUAUUAAUUAUGCUAUGCUUCAAAAUACUUACGAACUGGAUUCAUAUCAUGGACUUCAAAAAUCGACUCCAAUCGAAAGAGAGCGGAAUAAGAGAAGCAAUUUGCUUUUGCGUACUUUUGGUGAACCAAUAAUGCUCGGUAAAUGGAGUCCAUUCGAUAUUACUCCUCAUUUGGAGCAAGAACAAGUUCAAGAUGAACAGUCCACGGACAACGUGAGUGUCAGACCAAGAAGUCCUAGCAAAGUGGAUUUCGCUCAUCGUUCAUCAAUGAGAUACAGUUUCGAUUGUUUAUAUUUGCAAGGCAAAAACUCAGAUGACUUGAGUGAAAAGGUCUUUAUAUCCCCCGUUCAGUCCCAUACAACGUUUGUGGAUUGUCUGUUAGAUGAAGAUCCGUUUGAUUAUGAAAUCGUCAAUAUCGAUCAUCAUUUGUUGACGGUGCCUGAAGUUCUUUCACGGGACUUUUUGCCAUCAAAUAUAAAACGACAAGAAAUUAGAAAAUCAAGCGAACCUGAUGAUGGAAAUAAAUACAAACGUAGAACAUCUAUGAGGAUAGUUCGCGACGUAAACGAAAAUAAAAAUGUUAAAUUUUGUGGGGAGCCAAAUGCUUUCAUGAUUGAGCUGUUUGGAUUUCAUAAAGAUGUUGAUGACAGGCAUGCUUUUGAUUUAUUGGAAGCAGCAUUCGAAGUGAUGAAGGAUUAUGAUUAUUGUAUUAUACGAGUUCCUUGUUCGGGAAAAAGUAUGCCACUGUUACAACACUUUGCUUUUGUUCCGACGCAAAAUCAUAUAAGUUGUGAAUAUUCAUUGUACGUUGCACAUCGAUGUUCUGUUCUUAGUAAACUGCGAGUGAGACGGGCUGAAAUAAUUGAUAUACCGCAAAUAGCGCAAUUGAUGUAUAGUCUGGAUGGACGAGAGACGAUGUGGUCUGUCGAAAAUACUAUACUAAGAAGGAAUGAACUCGAGGCUUAUGUUUUCUUGAGUAAUGUGUCCGUGGUGGGAAUUGGAAUUCUAGAACCUCCAGAGCAAAUAGAUUUCAUCCGAGCUAAAUUCAAUAUAGACGCGCAUCGUAUUCACAAAUACCAUAUAAAGGAUCAAGAUUACAAUGUUGGUUUUGCUACUCUGAAGACGGCGCUUAUUUAUCCUGCAUUCGAACCGCAUUAUAGGUUCUUCGUUAGAGAUAUGAUGCGACAGUCUGGUAUACAUUCGUUGAUUUGGUUAACAGCAUAUAGAAAUAAAUGGAUGGCGCAUAAGUUAAAUUCAUUCGCCUCGGUGAUGAUACCACUUUUACCACGUAUGUCUGAUUUGGAUUACGCGCCCGUACCGGAAUUGAAUAAAUUACAUAAACUGUCUCAUUCUUUAAUGGCAUUUAGUUGUUGGUUCAUCAGUAGAAAAUUAACCAGUGUGCCGAAAGUAACUGUGGAUUCGAGAUUGGUAAUUGUUGGCGCUUCGAGAACUGCAAUGGCCUUUUUGAAUACGCUCCUCUUUGGCGACACUUCAUCGUAUCUGUUCUUCACAAACGUAACGUUAAUAUCGCCUCAAGGCUUGCCGUAUGUGCGAAACUCGAAGGCACUCGCAGAAAUGAUGUUAAUGAAAUACCACACGAGCUCGGAGCGAUAUCUGAAAAGCGUUCCAUAUACUUAUUACGUGAAUACCGUACAAAGUUCUAUGGUUGAAAUAAAUAAACGACAGAAGUAUAUAACAUUGACAAAUGGCAGUAAAUAUUAUUAUGACCGUCUUUUCAUUUUGUGCGGGAAACAAUACCAGCAUCCUGAAUAUUUGAAAGAUGUAUUGGACAAGGAAAGAAUAGUGAAAAGUGGUAUAUUGGAAUACACACCGUUAGACGUCCCACAGAGUUUUAAAGAACCCUCUGUAAAUAAUUUUACUCCAGGCAAUGUUUUCAUUGUGAAUAAUAUCACAGACGCUAACAAGGCGCUAAACUUUGUAAGAAGUAUGGUUUGGGAAGAAACGGGCGGUUUAUGUGGUUGUCUGAAUAGUCAGUUAUUAGAAGCCUUUUUUUCAGGUAAAAUCCUAGUUUAUGGAUCAUCGGUAAACGUUUAUUGCUGCAUCGCCACGCUCUUAGAAAUGAAAGUUCCCCCACAGAAUAUCAUAUUCAUCGAGAACUUUCCACCGAAGGACCCGAAAGCGUCAAGAGUUUCCAGCUUUUGCAAUACAUACGUGGACAAAACAAUGCAAGAAGUGCUUUGCAAUUUAAAUAUAACAAUAUAUCGUGCAUAUUAUUUCCAGUCCUGGCAAUUGGAUUGUAGGGACUAUGUGGCACAUGUUCAGUUUAUGUCGCAGUAUAGAUUCAUACGUCUUGACUGCGCUGCGUUUUUCUAUUACGGUCGUAGAGGAGUCAAUGAGCAAGUGUUUAUGGCUAUACAUAAAAGCGGAAUGGCGUACGACGGUGGUGUCGUCAUAGACCAUAACUUUAGAACAAAUGAUCCUAAUAUUUACGCAGCGGGACCUAUAACAAGGUACCAUAGACGUUACUACGCAGCCACGAGACGACAUAAGUAUUAUGAUGCUUAUGAGAUUGGGAUGAAGCUUGGAGAAAUAAUCAGAAAUGAGUUGGAUCCACUUUUCACUAACGAGACUAAUGAAUCAGCGAAGGAAUUUCACAUGAAUGAUAGAUACAAUGAAAAUGAUAUUACUUGUAUGGCUGAGUCUAAGUACGAAAGAGAGGAGGAAGAAACAGAAUUCAAAAGCGUGCCAGAUUUCAAAAUGCCUAUAGUCAAAUGUUGCACUUUACCUGGCGGAUUACAAUAUUUAGAAGUUCGCUCGCCGGGCAUGAAAGUGCCGCAUCAUUAUGUACAAUCUUUAGAUUAUAAUGGCUACAUCAUAGAAACUUUUAAGGAGGGGUAUUUUAAGAUGCAUUUCAACAAGGAUUUCAUAGUGGACGGAAUAACUUGUUUGACGCCGGAGAAAUAUUCGCUGGAAAAUUUUAAACGUCUAUAUGGUUUAUCCAGCUCGGUGCUUAGUAACGUUCAUUUACGAUACACGACAAAACGACUCGAUAAUCUGUACAAGUUCUUCCGAGAGCCUUGGGCGCACUUUUUAUACCACGAUCAAGUAGACGAACUUUUUGCAAUUGUAAAAGAAUUAGUACCAUUGGGCCAACCAUAUGGCGAGACGAUAAAAGACGUACUCAAAGUGGCAGUUGACAAAUUAGAUUCAACGUCACUCACCUAUGAAACGACGCUCGAGAUACGUAAUAGCUUCGAAAAGUCUCCCCACAUAGAGGCAAUUACGAACUACGUCAUACAAUGGGUUUCCGAGAAUGAUGUUCUAUUGCCCAUGUACUUACAACCUUCGGAAACGUCUGCAUAUGCGCAUGAUCUAGAGAAAAACCCAACAUUUAGAAGACGAAGAAGGAGUGUUGUUAAAAUGCUGGCUGCUAUUUGUUAA